AGACAAACCAGCGCUAGCCGAAAGCACUUCUCCAUGUUCGAAAGUACCAAUCUUACAUGAGUCAAACCAUGUCCUUUCCUCCUCUAGGGUUACAGCAACCCCAACAACAAGCUUUCUCAAUGGACCUCCAAAACGACGCCGUUUCCAAACCCAUUGCAGUCCUCGCUUGCAUUGCGUUGGCCUUGCUCUACGUCGCAACCUUAUACGCUCCGACCUUCCUCCUCCGCCUCCCGCCUCCUUCUUCUUACACCAAUUUCAUGAUCCGACGAUUCCUAUGCGCCGUCGUUUCAACCACUCUCUCCCUCUUCAUCACUCCUUUCAUUCUUCCCGUACAAACUAGGAACUUGACAUGCAUUUUGGGUGUUUAUGGAGUCCGAGUGGAUCACAUGUGGCAGGCUUUGGUUCUUCCUCUUGCUUUGACCUCUCUAAUGUAUGCUGGCUCUUUGUUCCUCAAGUCUCUUCUGCUGUUUGAUUUUUGGAGGCAACAUACAUUUUUCGAUGAUGGGCUUUCCUUUGAUUCCUUCAAACGUGCCUCGGCAAGAUUUAUCGACUGGUUGUCUGCAAUUUCAUCAAAUGUUUUGACAUGGCGAAGCUAUGUUGUGGCACCUCUUACUGAGGAGUUGGUGUUUAGGGCGUGCAUGAUACCUAUACUACUCUGUGGAGGGUUUAAACCAUACAGUGCCAUGAUUCUAUGCCCCGUUUUCUUCAGCUUAGCUCAUUUAAAUCAUUUCACGGAGAUAUACAUCAAGCAAAACUGCAGAAUAAUGCAGGCUGCUAUGGUUAUAGGACUCCAGCUUGGCUACACUGUUAUCUUUGGGUCAUAUGCUUCUUUCCUUUUUAUUCGAACAGGACAUCUUGCUGCUCCAAUAGUUGCUCAUGUAUUUUGUAAUUUUAUGGGCCUGCCUGUGUUGUAUUCGCUGAGAAGUGGGUUUGUAAGUGUAGCAUCUAUAAUGGGACUUGUGGGUUUCUUGUGGCUUCUUUUCCCAAUGACAGGUCCAGGUUUGUAUAAUGAUAGAAUAGAUAAUUGCAGUUGUUGGCAAGGAUACUGCUUAUGGAGAGAACAAAUACAAACAUCUUACAUGUAAAUGUUAGUAUUAAUUUUGUAACUUAUACUACCAUGUUUAACAUAAAAUUUCUGAGUUAGACUUUGUUUGUCGCCUCUUUUUUUCUUAGUCGGUAGACGAAGUGGUAAUAUCCAUUAGAAUUUACACAUACAACCGUAAGUAUUAGGGUUGAGCUCUGGCGAUGGCUUUCAACCUAACAAUAUCGGCUUCUGUCAGUUGAGUUAGGAUUUGUGGAUUGUUUGUAGCCUUUUAAGUUAUGGUUUUCAUUCUAAAGCUCAUUCAUGUAAGUGUUUAUUGUUUUUCAUUUCACUUUAUGCUACCAAUUCUAAUAUUUAGGUA